AUGAUGAAGAACAGCUCUCCUGGACAGAGGCUUCCGCUACGCGCGGGGCUCGAACAUCUGUUCCGCCACGUGCAGAUGCAUGUAACGAAGUGUCUGUUCCGCCACGUGCAGUUCUUUUGGUCAUGUCGUCGACAGCGGGUUUUUUCCCAUCUGCUGUCAAGUGCUGCUCCGCCCCAAUGA